UAUUGAUUACCGAUGGCUGCUUUCAACACAAGAAGCGAAUUGAUGGUUGCUGAAGCCGCCGCGGUGACCAUCGUGUCGCAGAAACUAGAUGUCUUGAUACAUCACCCGGUGUUUGUGGAGUGCUCAUCGAUGCAAAGUCGCGCGAUGGAUGCCAAGGCAAAGCUGGCCAAGAUCCAGGAGUUUUUUACCACUCAAUACAGACAGUCCAAAUCCACGGAGUGGUCGGGGAGGCUCCUCCGAGCCAUGUACUACGCUGACAAAUUCAUGGACGAGUUCUACCUUAGAGAGGCCCGCGAGAGGCACGAGGCUCUCUACAGCGCUGCAAGGCCGCUGGCCGUGCUCAUCUCCAUGUACAAGCUGGGGAGGGACUUGUCCGUACUGGUGAAAAAGAUGGAGGACUUGUGUGAUGAGAAGUUCUUGAAGGAGGAGGCCGAAGGCAAGAGGAAAAAGGAACCUGCUAGUUCCUUCUCCCUUGCUAGUGUUCCAUGGCAAGGCAAAAAAUUGGCGAGGCUGACUAGUUUCUGGGAUCAGCAAGCGCCUACAAACUUCUUAUGUCGCGAGGUCCAGAAGAAGGAAAUACGGAAGCGGAUAGAAAUAACAGGGAAGUACGAACGAUGGAGUUCGAUUUGGGGCGAGCAAGGAACCGGCAAGACGUUCCUCGCGAGAUGGGCCUACAACCAAGCGAAGUACAUGGGCUAUGAGUGGCGCGCUUGGGUCCGUGUCUCGGCCGGCAUGGACCCGCGGGAGUUCCUGUUGGAGAUACUGAAGCAAGCCGAGAAUUUAGAGAGCGACGUGAAGGACAUGAAUAUACAGGAGAUAAAGACAAAGCUGCACCGGAAAUUGGCCGAGGUAAAUAAAUAUUUCAUAGUGUUAGAUGGCGUGCAAUCGUCCGACAUGCAACUCUUGCAAGAGUUAUAUUGGAGCACCCCGUUAUAUUCACAGAGCCACAUAAUUACCACAACUCAAGACCGUUCGAUAGCUGACUACACGAAUCGUCGCACGGGAUUGCCGAUCAAUCUAGAAAAAUUGUCCAAUGACCAAAGCCAGGAGAUGCUUGCUUGGAAGUUGCAUAGAGUAUCCAAUGGUCAGAGACUCUCAAAGGAGGAGAAGGGUAUCCAAAACAUGUGUCAUGGCUUGCCGCUCUGUAUAUCCUUACUCGGCGGGUUUCUGUCUAAUGCUAGAGAGCAUGAACUCAAAGAGUUGGCAAAAAAGGAUCCUACUAUGACAUUGUCAUAUAUACUACUAUUGAGUUGCCAUAAAUUGCCAGACCAUUUGAAACCGUGCUUCAUCUACAUGGCUUUGUUCCCCGUAUCUUUCCCUAUUCCGACAAGAAGGCUAGUGAGGCUGUGGUUGGCUGAGGGCUUAUUGGAUUCGCAUUGUUACGACAUAGGAAGGAAAAGGACAAGGCAGCCCGAGGAUGUGGGAGAGACCUUCAUUCUGGAGCUCGCCGAUAGGAAUGUGAUUGAUGUGGUGAGCUGGAGGGCGGAUGGAUCCCCCAAAGCUUGCCAAAUGCUCACCUCUCUGUAUGACAUGAUCCGCCCGAUCGCGAUGAGCACGGGGUUCCUCCAUGUACAUGCCGCUAGCAAGUCGAAAGACGGGAACGAAGGUGACUCAACCAGCCAGCAACAACAGCCGGCGGCCCAAUUGCGAGAAAGAACUGCGAUCCGGUGGAUUGCGGAGCACACGAACAUAGUCACAGACGACCGCGGCGGCAACUACCCCGAUUUGAACCUCAGCCACGUCUGCUCGUUUAUGUCGUUCUACCAAAGGAGAGGCAUGCUCACCAAAGACAUCAGCAUGUUUCUUGGGAAGAUGACAUCCAAGACUAACUAUAGCUUCCUAAGGGUGCUCGAUUUGGAGGGUGUGUAUAAGCCAUCCUUACAUGGUGUGCUCCACAAGCUGGUGCUUCUGAGGUACCUAGGAUUGAGAUCCACGGUAUUGGAUUCGCUCCCGAGCGCUGUUGCAGAUCUGCACCAUCUUGAGACUCUUGACAUAAAGCACACCAACAUCACUUUGCUGCCGAGUUCCAUCUGGAAGUUGAGGAACUUGAGGCACCUGCAUCUCAAUUGGUUCUAUAUCGACUUGAAGAAGAUCCUCAAGGCUUGUAGCAACAAUGUCAAUGCCUUGACUCAACUCCAAACCUUAAGCGGGCUGGUCACCGGUGAAGUGAAGGAGAACUUGAUGAGGGACCUCAUGAGCAGCUUGACCACGCUCAAGCUUUUCUUGCAACACUCGGAGAAGGACCCCUCCUCGGGGGACGCAGGGGAAACAGUGGCACGUUGGAUUAGCUUCGGCCUUACCAAUCUCCAGUCCUUGACCUUUGGGGUGAUCCAAGAAGCCAAGCCCGUGAAAAAAGCCGAGAAAGUAGCCAAGCCCGCGACAAAAGAUAAGAAAGCAGCCAAGCCCGCUGAAGAAGCCCAACCUGCGACAGUCGCCGAGCGAGCGGAAGGAGCCGAACCCGCAAUAGAAGCCCAGCCCGACAAACAAGACAAGCCCGAAAAACAAGCCAAGCCCAAGAAGAAAGCCAAGCCCCUCAAAUCGCAGAUAGGCCCGUUACCGAACCUGUCGUUGGGUGAAAGACAUCACAACCUGUUGGAGCUCUACUUGCUGGGCCGACUCACCAAGCCCAGCUGGACACAGCUCUUGCCUGGCUCGCUCCGGGUUUUGACCCUGUCGGGUUCCAGGGUGAAAGCAGACGAGAUGCACCAGCUGGGGGUUCUCUUGAGGAGCCUGCGGACGCUCAGGCUCUUGGCCAACUCUUUCCUGUGCAAAAGCAUGACGUUCGUGCAAGAUGGGUUUCCCAGCCUCAAGAUCUUGAAGAUUUGGUAUCUGCCUAAGCUUGUGGAGGUGACUAUUAAGAACGGAGCGAUGCCGCAUCUCAUACUGCUCGAGUUUAGGCGCCUCGAGAGGUUGACAACUGUUACAGGGAUCAACGAGUGCCGGGAUUUGGAGAAUAUAAGCGCGAUAUCCCUAAGCGAUGCUCUUGUCAGCCGACUCGAGGACCAAAAAGAAGAGACCACGAAUCUGCAUGUGGAAAAAGAGACCGAGACUACCGAAUCUACGGACGAUGACGAAGACGACGGGGAAGAAAGAGGAGAGAUUGAAAAGGACAGCAAGAGGCUUGAAUCCACGGAUGAGGACGACAGUGACGACGAUAAUGAGGCAAUGGCUUCUCUUUGAAUACAAGCUACUACAAUGAUCUUGGAGCUUAACAUAUGUAUCUAUUGCAUCUCCCACCCACUCUCUCUCUCUCUCUCUCUCUCUCUCUCUCUCUCUAGGUGUGCGAAGAAACAAUUUCAUGUAAUGUUUAUAUUAUGCGAUGAACCGAUGUGAUGAUAUUCAUUUA